AUGCCGGAUUCACGAGUUUUCGCAUGGAUCAAACAAUUACCUGAAUCAUUUGAAUAUCUACCAGUGCAAUUACAAUCAUCAUCGCAGCCCAAGCCCUGUAAUAAACGCAAAGCCUUCCAACCGCCAAGUCCUCCACCAACUAUCUCCAACGAUAUGGACGAGACGCCAACUGGCCGGAAACGACCACGGCUAGACCCUGCUGACCCUUAUAAAACGCCUAUUGGGAGACCUCGAGAUGAGACAGCCCCCAGGCGCAACCCGUCAAAGGCGUCGUCAAUGUCGGGUUCCAGCGCCUCAUCCUAUCCAUCGCGCUCAUCAUCGCCAUUGAAGCAGCAGAUCAUGCGUCUACGCAUUGACGAUACAGGUUUCGACAUACGCGAUCUCAAAGUUGACAAUCCUCCAAGCCCAGAGGUUGACCAUCUUUUGCAGAACUUGAACGAUAUCGGGAGUGGCCUUGAGUUUCUCCCUGAUAAUCUGCGUGAUGAGAUUCUUGGAAGCCCCAUGUUUGACUUUGGGCAUCUUCCAGGACGUAUCCCUUCUCCACAAGAAGUGUCGCUGGUGUAUGAAUGCGCCAAAGACUGUCGCGACUUUGGGCAUGAAGAAGCAGGUUGGAAUGCAGAAGUACACCAGCGUCUGCUAGAAGCUGUCUUUAGAGAGCCUGGAAAGACGAGAGGAGGACUGUACAACUUUACAAUGUCCACCACUGCUCGGCCGCAUUCAAUGUGGCUACCCAAGUCAAUCAGAACCAAAAUGAUUGACUUUUGUAUAUAUGUCGACUUACAACAAGAGGAGCCAGAGUCCUUUCAAGCGCUCGAGUCUCUUUGCAGAACAACACCUACCACCACGGUCAAUCAUACCGACUUCGAGCGACUGCAGUUUCGUCCCAUUGUCCUGAGUAUUGAGACUAAGGGCCCAGCUCCAAGACUAGACACUGCAGAGGUCCAAAUGGGGGUAUGGCAUGCAGCGCAGUGGAUAUUCCUCCGUUCAACAGUGCUUGCGUCAUUACACAGCUCGGAAGAAGCAGAAAAACAGGCUGACGAGAUACUAUCCCGGUUACCAUUCAUCCCUGGUGUUAUCGUUCAGGGUCAUCGGUGGUAUUUUGUUCUGUCGACAUGGCACGGCUCAAGGACUACUUUUUGGGCUGAACGACUGUUCGGAAGCACCCAAAGUUACAAGGAACUAUAUCAGGUUAUAGCAGGGCUAAGGCACUUGACUUCUUGGGUAGACAAGUUCUACUUGCCCUGGUUUCGAGCACAUAUCUUGCCCAAGGAAACUUUUGCUAGUGGAUGAAGCUGUCUCAUCUACCUGCUCUUGUACUACUCUCACGGCUUUGUGAUGGGUCUCACAAAACUUUAACAGCAUGACUUUUUUGUC